AUGAGUGAUAAAACAUUUGAAGAAUUAGGAUUAACAACAUGGUUAGUUGCAAAUUGUAAACAAUUAGGAUUUAAAGCACCAUCUAAUAUUCAAGCUAAUACAAUUCCAGAGAUAUUAAAGGGUAGAGAUAUUAUUGCAAGUGCUAAAACUGGUAGUGGUAAAACAGCAUCAUUUGCAAUUCCAAUUUUAAAUCAAUUAUCAGAAGAUCCUUAUGGUGUUUUUGCAGUAAUUCUUACACCAACAAGAGAAUUGGCAGUUCAAAUUGGUGAACAAUUUAAUGCAAUUGGUGCACCAAUGAAUGUAAAUUGUAGUGUUGUUAUUGGUGGUAUUGAUAAUGUUACACAGGCUUUGAUCUUGGAUAAAAGACCACACAUUAUUGUUGCAACACCUGGUAGAUUAGCAUCACAUUUAAAUAAUGGUCUUAAAAUUGCAUUAAAAUUUUGUAAGUUUUUAGUACUUGAUGAAGCUGAUAGAUUAUUAGGUGAAGAUUUUGAAUUAGAAAUUGCUAGUAUUUUAGAACAUUUACCACCACCAGAAAAAAGACAAACAUUAUUAUUUUCAGCAACAAUGACAAAGAAUUUAACAAAAUUAGAUAGUAUAGCAUUAAAUAAACCAUUUAUAUUUGAAGAUAAUUCAAAGUAUGAUACAGUUGAUACAUUGAAACAAGAGUAUAUUUAUAUGCCAGCACCAACAAAAGAUUGUUAUUUGGUAUACAUUUUAAAGAAACAUGAAGGAUCAUCAGCAAUUGUAUUUGUAAAUAAUUGUUAUGCAGUUGAAGCAGUUAAAGGAAUGUUAAAUAAAUUGGAUAUUCCAUCGGUUUCAUUACAUUCAUUCCUCGAUCAAAAGAGUAGAUUAGCAGCAUUGAAAACCUUUAAAUCUGGAAAAGUGAAAGUAUUGGUGGCAACUGAUGUUGCAAGUCGUGGUUUAGAUAUUCCUGACGUUCAAAUCGUUAUCAAUUAUAAAUUAUCAAACUCUUCAAAAGAUUAUAUUCAUCGUGUUGGUAGAACGGCUAGAUUUGGUCGUUCAGGUAGAGCCAUUUCAUUCAUUACACCACAUGAUGUAUCCUUAAUUAAAGGCAUUGAAGAAAUCAUUAAAAAACAAUUGGAACUUUAUAAAACUGAUGAUGAUGAAGUAUUUAGACAUUUAAAAGAAGCUUCAACAGCUAGAAAAAUAGUUGAAAUACAUUUAGAUGAAAUUGAAUUUGGUGUUAAACAAAAAGAAAGAAGAACUGAAAGAAAUGAAUUACAAAAACAAUUAAAAGAAGUUAAUAAUAAAGAAAAAUUUGAAAAUAAUAAUAAUGAUAAUAAUAAUAAUAAUAAAACUAAAACAACAAAACCUGAAAAUAAAAAAGAAAUUACAAAAAUACAAGAACAACCAUCAAAAUCAACAACAACAACAAAAUCAAUUGAAAAGAAACCAACAACUAUAGAAUCUAAGAAAAUUGAUAAAGAUAUAAAAAGAAAAGAAAAUAAUUUUGAUGAUGGUGAAAUAAGUUUAUUUAAAAAGAAAAAAAUAACUAAUAAAUAA